GACAUACGGAAUAGUUUGCAGUCGGAUUGGUGUUACCGAGUAAUGUGUCCGCCCUCACUCCUGCAGGUCGGAAGAGAUUUCUUGUCAAUUACAAAAAUACCAACACAGUUGCGUUUUUGUGUGUGAACGGCAGCAUGGUGUUGGUUCAAAACGAGCUAAUGAAUGAUUCAGUUGUUUAUUCUCAGUCAGACGACGUCCGGAUACAAAAAUUAACUGCAUGCAUAUGACCCCCAAUCUACUGCACACGACACGUCUGUUACACAACGACCGCAGUAAUGGAUUAUAAUAGGUAACGUUAACACCUUAAUAAAUAUUUUUAGUCUGUCGUGGUUAAACAAUUCUGACCAACAAAUGUACACAGAUAUGGGGCUAAAAAUGAAAAUAAGUUAAUCAAGUCUGUGUCUGAAACACAUGCUGCUCUGUUGUUUACGCAGAUUUAUUUCCAUCCAUCAUCUGGUUCACUAUCGAGUACAUCCUCAGCCCAGGAAGCUGGAGCAACUAACCUAUUUCUUAACAAAAUGACAUUCAGAACACACUAUGCAUACAAUGUGUGUAAAACGGACCCAAGACAGUCCGUCUCUGUCUCGGGUAUAUCAGGAUAGACAAGUCGGGAAAGAUGAUACAUCCUCUUUUCCUUAUAUACCCGAGACAGUCCGUUUUACAAGCAACAGAAAAAACAAGCUUGUGAAGCACAAAUUUAACAAGGGAUGUACUGUAUGUAAUAACAAUGUAAGGUGUAUAAUGUGUGUGUGUGUAGAGAGAUCAUUAAUAUUUGGUAUUUCAAGGCCAAGCCCCUCUGCCACGGAAUAUACUAUUUCAUACAGCAAAAAGAAGAAAUAUUUCAUAACCAUUUGCCUGUGUUUCAAAACACAGGCAAAUACAUUUCAUGAGGGAAUGGAUGACGACGCACCAGAUGAGGCCUAUGCUGACCUCAAAACCAGGCACCUCGGAGUAUGGGGUGUUGCUCAGAUAGCUGCUGGCACCGGGCUUGCUGUAUAUGCUAUGUGGGUAGGAAUCCUCCAGCCUGGCUUCCGAAAAGUCCCCUUGAGGCUACAGGUCCCGUACAUCCCUGCCAGCAAAGCUCAAGUAGAAAAUGUAAUGACACUCCUGAGAGGUCGAAAGGGAGGCCUUGUGGAUUUGGGUUCUGGUGAUGGGCGGAUUGUCUUGGAAGCCCACCAGAAGGGUUUCACUCCUGCUGUCGGCUAUGAGCUCAACCCCUGGCUUGUGCGCCUGGCUCGCUUUCAUGCGUGGAGAGCAGACUAUCAUGAAAAAGUGUCAUAUCGACAGGAAGAUCUCUGGAAGGUUGACUUGACAGAAUGCAAGAACGUCACAGUGUUUUUGGCUCCUAGCGUGCUUUCCUUAUUGCAGCAGAAGUUGCAGGCUGAACUUUCUGAUGAUGCCCUAGUGGUAGCUGGUCGGUUCCCCUUCCCUAAAUGGACACCCUGCAGGAUUGAAGGACAAGGUGUGGACAGAGCCUGGGCAUACACCAUGCAAGCACAAAGACAGCACACCUCCAAGAAAAGUGCCAAGCUCCCAGUCACAGAUAGUGACAAUGAACCAACCAAGGAGAAAGUGUCCAAUUGAAGCUACAUUGAUGUCCCUAGUCUUUCCCUCUAGAUUGGUAACGUUGAAUUAAACUGUAGGUCAUUAAGCUCAUAAAAUGUAAUCAUCCUGAACUUAAAUAUUGUGAAUGUUUAACCUAACUUAACUGUUUCUGACAAACUAUUGUUACUUUCCACUGCACUGCGGCACAGAAAUGACAGAGUACAGUGAUCAGCAAACAUGUUGAUAUAUAUUAGUAGCAUAUAUAUAGUAUAUUUGCACUGUUACACUCUUUUCUACCGUUCUGAUGGAUGGAGUCUUUAAUUUGUUUUCAGCAAUGUUUGCUCUGUGUCUGUUCUCUGUUUGAAAUUCCUGAGCAAAGGUUUCUGUUAGCAUUCAAGGAAAACCACACCUUUUCCUCUAGAAUAGUCUUGGGGAAUUACUGGGGUGGGGGCAAGUAAAUGUUGCAUCACCUGCAGUUUUAACAAUUUUUAUUAAUAUUUUCUCUUUUAAGUGCUAUUUAUUAUUCAUUGUAAUUGUUGUUUCAUAGUAUUUAUUUUAGAGGCCUACAUAAUAUAAUUAUACAACUUCUGAGGACAUUUUAGAACCCCAUGGUGCAGCUAGUUUUCUACAGGUAGGAGGAAAUAUAAAAGCCUUGUGGGUGAUAGUGAAAGGCACUUACUGCUGUGGAAAUGUCUCGGCAAGCGUGGAAUGUGGCUCUUCAGGCUCUGGACGUCCAAGGUGGCAAUUUUUUCCCAACUGUACAAAGAUUAUAACACUUAUAUAAACCCCAUAGGGUCCAUAGUGUUUAGGUACAGUAACAACAGUAUAUCUUGCAUGCCUUGAAUGUAGUCAUAGUUUCCUCUGUUUACGUAUUAUGAAUGUGCAUUUAUCUGAUGUGUUUUGUAAUCCCAUUGGUUUGUUUUUGGCUGUUGGCUUUUCUUUUGGUUGACUUGCUGUGUCUUUUCUGCUAUAAAAGUAAUUAUAAGUUGCCUUGGUUUACAGUGACUGAAACAUGUAAUUGUUGUAAGCAGUCACGGAUAUUAUUCAUAAUAAAUCAUUCAAAUAAACGAAAUGGUGCAUUAACUACAUGAUCCAG